UAGUGAGACCUUGUCUCAAAAAGACAAAACAAAACAAAUCAAGUGACCUUUUUCAGGAAGAUGGGUUAAGAGAACGCUCCUAGCCCUGAGCCCCAUCCUUGGCCAAAGCCCUCCCGGGCUCGCCGUGGAGUGACAACGGGGCAAGCACCGAGCUGGACCUGACACCCGUGGGCUCCCCUGCGCUACCGCGACCAGAAGUCCUCCCAUCCUGGGCAACACAAGGAAGGCCGGACCAAGUCGGACGUGGCCGCAACCCAGAGGACCGGGGUUGGCCUGAGUGGGGAUGAGUGGAACGAUCUGGAUACACGUUCCUAAGGCGCGUGUGGGGCAAAGCGGGUCUUCAGACCACGGACCUCGGAAAGCAAUCAGAACUUACUGCGCAGGCGCCGGAAGCACCGCCCGGGCCUUGCAAACCCCGCCCCUCGCUGCGAGGCGGAGCCCGGCGCAAGCGCGAGCGAGGCUGGGGCCUUCGGUGGAAACUUUAUUCCCCAGAAGCCUCCGCGCCGGGUUUCAGGGUUUCCCAAAGACCCGGUUCGGACAACCAGAUACUUGGUUAGGACGCCGGAUAGGCGGGCAGGGACUUCUCCCUGGGGCGGGGCCUUAGGCAGGGGGCGGGGCCUAAGGCCAGGUACCUCCCAGGGCGCGUGCCGGCCAGUUUAGGGUUAGGGUUAAAGAGCAGGGGUCCGGUUAGGCUCCUGGCCUCCUUUGGCCGCCUUUACUCCGAGGCGCUCCUGCUCAGGAGCAUCCUUCUCACCGGCCCUCGCUGAAUCAGUCCAGACACCGCCUGGGCUCCCACGGUGCCACCCAGCCGGGCUGUUUUGCUCCCCAGGAACACAGUGCAGAGGACAGAGGGGCUGCGGCCUGAAGGGGCGCUGGACUGUCCAGAUUCGUGCAAGGUUCAGUGCAGGCAGAGGGGUGGUCACGUGGCACGGUGGCCUGGCAGGGCAGGGGAUGGCACUCUGGAGGCCCCCAGCCUACAGUCACCAGCUUGACCUCGGUCCUCCCCACCCGAGGGUUCCCGUAGGCGCGGGUGUAGCUGGGGCAGAGAGGUCAGGAGCAGGAAGCAGAAAAAAAUGGGGCUCCCUACGGGUGGGUCAGGUUAGCACACGGCAUGACGUGACGGGACGCGCGUGCCUUCCCGACGGGAUGGCAGGGCCGCCCUGCCCAAGCAGGUGACUGUCGUCGGCGAGCGGCCCUCCGCCCAGCACGUGUCCCGCCGGACACCCCAGCCUUCCGCGUGCCCGCGCUCCACCAUUCCGCUCCCGCCCCCACCCCCCGCCUUGUCGGGGUCCUCAGCCUCCGCCCAUGCCCUGGCACCCCUGGACCUCCCGCGCUCAUCCCUCUGAGCUGGUCGGUCCUGGGCACAGCGGGGAGCAGAGGACUCGGGCACCCACAGAGCCCCUGGGGGGUAGCAGAGACCCUGCUUCCGAGCACGCGCAAGGCAGACGCAGCGGGGGACACUCGCAGAUCCCCCUCCCACGUGGGCAUUGUGGGGUCUCGAAAUGUGAGCAGGAGAAAGGGUUUCCCUUGCAGAAUUCUGUGGUGCAGGACCCCUGCUGAUCACAAUCCAGAGUCAACCAGGCGGGGCGCAGGGGACAGGGACGCUGCGGGGGUCCCGAGCCUCUCUACCCAGAGGGAGACCCGGCGGCGGGAGCCGGGCCCUGAGCGGACCCAGGGGCGGUGAGAGACUGGCCCCGCCCCGCGGACCCCGAGCGGGUCCCCAGCCCGCCCCUGCCUCCUCCUCCCAGGACUGGACCAGAGAGGGCGCUGUGGCCACUGGGGGGCACUCUGCCCCCCCAGGUCUCACCGGCCGCCCCCAGGAGUGCACGGGGCGGCCGGGGUCCCCAUCAAGCCGGGCAGGACCAGGAUGCUGUCCCCUGUCUUCCCCCUCGCCCCCACCCCACGCCCCCACCCACCGGAACGUCUGGUGUGACUGGAGACAGCCGGAUGCUGGCUGACCCUGGGCCCGAGGUGGGCAGCGGCUGGCCGGGCCUCCUCAUGUCUUGCCUGAAGGGCCCACAUGUCAUCCUCAAGAUGGAGGCCAUGAAGAUCGUGCACCCUGAAAAGUUCCCCGAGCUUCCAGCGGCUGCCCCCUGCUUCCCACCUGCACCUCGGCCCACCCCCACUCUGGCACCCAAGCGUGCCUGGCCCUCCGACACAGAGAUCAUUGUCAACCAGGCCUGUGGUGGGGAUAUGCCUGCCUUGGAAGGGGCGUCCCACACCCCACCCCUGCCACGGAGACCCCGCAAAGGCAGCUCAGAACUGGGCUUCCCCCGCGUGGCACCUGCGGACGAGGUGAUUGUGAAUCAGUACGUGAUCCGGCCUAGCUCGGCAGCCUCAGCGGGCUCAUCAUCGUCCUCAGGGGCCACAGCAGCUGGGGAGCCCCUGGAGUGCCCCACCUGCGGGCACACCUACAACGUCACGCAGCGCCGGCCCCGCGUGCUGUCCUGCCUGCACUCGGUGUGUGAGCAGUGCCUGCAGAUCCUGUACGAGUCCUGCCCGAAGUACAAGUUCAUCUCCUGCCCCACCUGCCGCCGUGAGACUGUGCUCUUCACUGACUACGGCCUGGCCGCGCUGGCAGUCAACACAUCCAUCUUGAGCCGCCUGCCGCCUGAGGCGCUGACUGCCCCAUCCGGGGGCCAGUGGGGGGGCGAGUCAGAGGGCAGCUGCUACCAAACCUUCAGGCAGUACUGUGGGGCUGCCUGCACCUGCCACGUGCGGAACCCGCUGUCCGCCUGCUCCAUCAUGUAGCACCUACCUGCCUGCUGCGGCCGCUGCCCUCGCCCAUCGCUUCUUUAGGGACCCGGUCCUGUCCUGUCGCCCGCUGACCCUUCCUCGCCCACCAUGGCUUGUGGCCCUACCCCGCGUGGUACUGUCGCUGCAGCCAACUCUGCCAUUAAAACUCUUUGCCAAAGUUUGCACCUGU